AUGGAGAUUCAGUUUUCGAUUCCGCUCGCCCGGUCCAAGAACGCGACACCGGGACGGUCAACGGUUGCGGCCGAGUCUUUGAGCAGCGCAGCGGCCGCCUCCGCGCGCGCCGGUACGCAUCGCUUCGCUCUCGAAUCUCGCACCAGACACACUCGCCGAAGCUCGACCCGUGCGCGCACCGGCUGCGUGACAUGCAAAAAACGACAUGUAAAAUGCGACGAGACGCGGCCGGCGUGCCUGAACUGCAUCAAAUGGCGAGGCUACUGCGAUUCGUACGCCGACGCGUCGGAUGGCAAGGGCACCAGCGACGACAAGACAAAGCUUAUACAUACGAAAAAGGCGCCCUUGAUAUUGACGGAACCCCUCGUCAACACACUGCGAUUUACGAGCCAAGAUCAGCGACUAUAUUUCGACGAGUGGGCAGCCCUCUCGGUGACGUUUCUUAGCGGCGGUCUCAGCCACACCCGGUUAUGGACGGCCACGAUGCCUCAGCUGACGCUCGAGGAGCCGACCUUGAGAUACGGCGCCAUGGCGAUCGGCGCGCUGCGCCGCGCGUGCGGACCCGACAACUCGCUGGCGGCCCUGACUCAGGACAACCGGCACUACCUCAACGCCGUGACGCUGUACUGCGAGGCGCUGCGGCUGCAGGCCAGGGCCUCGCCGACACAGGAGGGCCUGCGCACGGCGCUGCUGUCGUCGCUGCUCUUCAUAUGCUUCGAGUCGCAGCGCGGCAACAUGCCCGCGGCGCUCAAGCACAUCACCCACGGCUUCAGCAUGCUCAACGAGCUGGCCGGGUGCACGCCCAGGGCUCCGGACCUGGUCCGCAUCGCGCCCGCCCCGCCGGCCAUGGUGCAGGAGAUUCUCGACUGCUACAAGCCGCUCGAGCUGCAGUCGCGGUCGUUUAUGGGCUCCUACAAGUCAUUCUUCUUCAAGGGUGACAACAGGCAAGGCCCGCCGCCGCAGCAACGGCCGCAGCAACAGCCACGCAUCAUGUCACCGACAUCGAGCCCGCAACGCCCUGCUGAAAUGCAAUCGCCACUGAGUGAUCCUGGUACGCCUCAGAGCUGGCAGACUUUGCAGGGCCAGCCAAUGGGAAUGCUGAGUCCGCAGAGUCUAGACAGCCCUUUGACUCAGAACUCAUCACCCGGCGCGCCGGGAUCCUACACAUCAUCACCUUCCUCGGCACCGACCCCUCCUGGGCUUGGGCAGCAAAUACCUGGCCAGUCUCCCGGUACGCCAGGUGCGGGGACACCGGCUGGAGGGCCUCCGCAGCGACCGCCCGCCAUUGCGCCGUUUACAAAACACUCGCCAUACUUUCGACCUAAGAGAACCUCCAUCACGACACUACAAGAAAUGCCACGAGAGUUCAAAGACAUGGAGGAAACGCAAGGAUACUGGGCGCUGGUGCAGAAGAACAUGGUGCAGUACAUGCCGCUGCUGACGGCCACGACUGCCCAGCUUGCUCUCGCCAAGGCCAGCUCCGAGGCCGAAGUCGAGGCCAAGCUGACGGCGAUCCGCCAGAACCCCAGCAUCUCCAACUUCAUCGCCGACUGCCGGUACUGGAUCCAGCGGUGGUCCGAAGCGUACGAGCCGCUGUACCAGGGCUUUCUGCGCAACGCGCACACCGACCCGGCGCCGUACCUGCAUGCCAUCAACCUGCGCAUCGAGUACCUCAUCCUCUACGUGUACACGACGGUGCCGCGGUACUCGGGGCUCAUCACGGCGCGCGGCCUGACGCCGCAGUACCGCGAGAUCACGGUCCUCGCCGAGACGCUGCUGCAAGCGCGCCCCAACUGCGGCUUCGCCAUGGACUCUGGCUGGACGUGGCCGCUGUUCGUUGCUGCGUUUGGCUGCCGCGACGCGGGCGUGCGCGCCGACGCCGUGCGCAUCCUCGGCGCGUACCCGAUUCGCAACGCGCUCCGCGACAGCCGCGUGUAUCGGGCCAUUGCGCUGCGCAACGAGCAGAUUGAGCGCGCGGUGGCGAGCGACGGCGACGGCGACGACGAUGAGAACAAGCAGUGGGUGCGGCUGCGCCGGCGCGAGGUCCUGUUUGAGGAUUUUGGCGCAAGUGUCGUGCUGCGCUCGGUGCAAAAGAAUCCGCAGACGGGUGUGUGGGAGCCGGUCGAGGAGAUUGCGGACUUUGUGGUCAGGUCGGACGGGCACUUGAACUGGCGGAGGCAGCCAAUCUCGGACGCGACGUCGAUACUGGGCGGUGUUUGCUGA